AAACUAUACAAGUGUCAAAGAAAUUGUCAAGUGUCAUCAAUGAAAAGUGCAUAGUCGUCAAUGAAAUUAUACAGUUCUUUAUUAAAAAGAAUUUAGAAAAUUAACAUAAAGUGUGAAAAAGUGUAAAAUGUAUUUAAAUUGAUUUUGAUAAACUCCUCGAGUUUAAUAGUAUUAUUAAUUGUAUCAUUACGAUGACAUCAGUACCAGAACCCUUGAUUUUUGCCUUUGCACUUGUUGAUACAGGUGCUGUUUUAUUUCUUCUAGUGUAUUUUCUAAUUGUACUAUCGGAUUUAGAAUGUGAUUAUUUAAAUGCACAACAAUGUUGCUCAAGACUGAAUGCGUGGGUUACACCAAAAUUAGCAGCUCAUGCUGUAUUAUUUAUAAUUCUUCUUCUCUCUGGUCAAUGGGGCAUAAGUGCCUUAAAUGUACCAAUGACCGCUUGGUUAUUUUACGAAUACUUUAACGUGCCUAGAGGAAAUAUGGGUGUUUAUGAUCCAACAGAAAUUCAUAAUCGUGGUCAAUUAAAAAAGCAUACACGAGAUUGUUUAAUUUUUCUCGGCUACUAUUUAAUAUUCUUCUUUAUUUAUUUAUACUGUUUGAUCGUUACGUUGUUAAAAGGAGAUCCACUAAAUAGAGGCGAUGAUGACGUUAUUGAAUUUUAAGAUUUAAAUUAAUUUUUUACAAUUUUUCUACAACAAAAUUUAUAUAUAUAUUAUGUUCACCAUAGUCGGAUUUAACUUUUCUGUUUCUAAACAAAUACAUUAUAAUUUUUUACCCAGAGAAUUAAUUUUGUUCACUAUUUAAUUAAAUCAGAGCGAAAAUGGGGUAAAAAUAAUAAUAUAUUUAUAAUUUAUGUGUUAAUAUCCCUAAUGUGUAUAUUGUGAAUAAAACGAUGGUGGGAGUUUAAAAGCCUAAGAUAGUUAUACGAUAGUUAGACGAUUAAUGAAAAAUCGAUGACCUCAAAUUUUCCGACAGUGGUUUAUACUUAAUUAUUUAUCAGGAUAUCCAGACAAACUGUAUAUGUGAGACUUUGAGUUAUUAACGGACAAAACUGAUGUGUGUUGUUAUAAAUAAAUAUUUUUAAAACACUAAUUUAUCUGAGUGAAGAAAACAAAUUGUUUAUUGCAUUGCGUGUCUUUUAAUGCAAAUUUCAACAAAUUUAGAUAAGUUACUGUAUAUUCAAUAGUAGAACAAAAAAUAUUGUAUUUUUAACGAGAUGUUCUUGUGAAUCACUUGUGUAAAAUGUUUUCUUUUCCAAUCAUUGUAUUGUAGUCGCCUUAUCAAAAAAAAAAAAAAAAAUUCUCUCUUCAUUCUCUAGUUUCCGUGUGAAAUAACAAACGAACAAAAAUGUUGUUAAUAAUAUGAAUAAUGAUUAAAUUUUUCGAUGAA